AUGGAUGACUAUGAAGAUGAAAUAAUAGAGGAAGAGGAUGAAUCCGAUAUUCAAGAAGGUGUUCAAUCCGAAGACCAAAUCGGAUUGAUGAGUAAAAUUAUUAAAUUGAGAAACAAACUCAAACGAUACUACAAGAAUGUAAAAAACAUUCCGAAUAUUAUUGGCUAUAUUUUAGAUGCACUCUCGAGUAGAGAAUCCUUUAUUAAAUUGUGUUAUGAAAUUUGGGAUCAUUUAAAGAAUACUCCAGUUGUUGUGUUUUAUGGAUACUUAUGGAAGACCAAGAAAAUGCAAUUCUUUAUGAAUUUAUUUGUUAGUUAUGGCUUACCGAUUUUAUUGGAGUCUCUACCGUGGUACUUUUCACGGAGAAAAAUUGGCAGAAGGCUAAGAACUCAGAAAAAUACAAUUACAAAUUCAAUGAUUGACAGAAAGGAGUUUAGUUGGGAGUCGGCACAUUCAUACAUUGCUCUCACCAUGUUAUACACAUUGUUGGAGAAUAUAGAACGUCACUUAACUUAUAAAGUGACAGUAAUGAAUCGAUUGUAUGUAAAGAGGCUUGUCUUAGAAAAGAUUCUAUAUAGUGAGAUUUGGGCAUUCACUGAAUUUCAAGGAAGGGAAUUGGAAUAUAGAAUAUCAACAGAAAUUCACAACACACUUCGAUUGUUCAGUUAUGUGGUUCCAAACAUUUUGUCUUCUCUCUAUGCCAUUGUGAGAGAAGGUUUCGAAUUAUAUGAAGGAAGGGCCAAGUUGGACUGGAUGCUUGUAAUACGACCUGUAAUUUCAAUUCUUCUGUGGAGAACCAUUGACUGGACCAAAACCCAGUUCAUGGGAAGAAAGAAAGUAAUUACCAAUUUACAAAGUAACCAAAGCGUCGCCAUGCUAUUCGAUCAAGUGACAGAGGGACUUUCAGAGAUUCAGCUCAACAAUAUUCAACAGAAAAAAUUGAAGGAAUACGAUCAAAUAGUGCAUACUGAAUUUGGACUUUGGGAAGAUGCUCGUCUUUUCUUCAACAAAGUUUACAGCUCUUUUACGAAUCGAGGUGUCUUUGACUUUCUCUCGGAAACAUUUGUUGCCUCAAUGAUUAUGAAGAAGAAAGAUUUGAAUUAUGAACAGUAUAGAAAGCUUCAAAUUGAUAUUGACCAUUUAGUUAAAUUGGUGAGAAGGACAGGAACAUACACAUUGCAGGCGUCUAGGAGUGUAGAAAGACAAACUAGAGUUGUCAAGUUAAUGAAACUUCCGAAUUUCCAAGAUGAAGAUAAUGAUGAAUCAUUAGUUAAGGUUUCUUCUUUUGAAAGUUUACGAUUACAGAAUAUUACUUUUUCAUACCAAAAGAAUGGAAAGAAACCAUAUGCUCUCAACUUUUCUGGAACAAUUGAGUUUCAAAAAAAUUCAAUAUAUGCCAUUAUUGGACAAAAUAGAAGUGGAAAAAGCACAUUGGUGAAUUUAAUAACCAAGUUAUAUCGUCCACAGGGAGGUGAAAUGACAUUCAAUGGUAUUCCAUACUCAAAGAUUAACAGAAAUUCAAUUCGAGAAAUUGUGUAUUAUGUUGCUCAAAAAGCAUAUGUUUUUCCAGGUACUAUUCGAGAAAAUAUUUGUGUUGGAAUUGAUUACACUCCAACAGAUAAGGAAAUUAUUAAGGCAGCUAAAUAUGCAGGAGUUUUUACAUUUGAUGAAGCGUCAAUUAAUCCCUUAUCAUCUUCCUCGACAGGUUCUCAAGAGCCUCUUCCAUCACUAAACAUCCCAAAUGAAAAGACAAUUGAAGAGCUAUUACUUGAGGGAACUCCAUCUGAGAAGAAAAAGCUCUCUAAGAAGAAGAUUAACAAAAUUUUAGACAUGAAAACACAAGCACGAGGUGCAAAUUUGAGUGGCGGCUUUGCUCAAUCUGUUGCACUCGCACGAAUAUAUUUGCAAAAGAAAGCAAAAAUUAUUAUCUUGGACGAGAGUACAAGCGCGAUGGAUCCCAUCAAGAAACGAGAUGUCAUAUUCCCUAAUUUAUUCAAACACGUUAGAAAAAACAAGCUAACAUUGCUCAUGAUUUCACACGACAUGACGUACUUGGAUCAAGUGGACAAGAUUGUACUCUUAUCCAAUGGACAGAUUGCUGGUCAAGGUUCUCACAAAGAACUCGUGGAUCAAAAUAAUGAAACUUAUCUCAAAAUGUUGGGAUUGUCUUCAAAACUGUAG